AAUUUUUAUCUAUCGAUUGACACCUCCCCGAGCACUGAACGUCAACUGACCAUUAAAAAACUAUUUUGACUAGACUACGUGUUUAUACUUGAUUUUGAUCGAUGAUCACAACUUAAAUACAAAAUAUAUAUAUGAAAAUGGGUAAACAUGGGAAAUAUGAAAAACAUUACAACAAAUCCUGGGAAUUGGCACCUGAGAUGGCAGCUUGGAUAUCAAAGAAUCCAGAUCCCAAUGCAUUAGGACAAGAAGCUUAUUGUAAGUUUUGCAAAGUAGGCCUAAGAGCACAUAAGACAGAUUUGCUGGCCCACGCCGUAACCCAGAAACAUCGUCGAUUCGCUGAAUCUCUCAACAAUCAAAGGCCAAUUUCAACGUUCGGGAUUAAUGUGGUUGGAGAUGCUACGAAAUUAGCAGAGAUAAAACUAUCCGUUUUUGUUGCACUACACAGUGCAGUCAGAACCAUCGACCAUUUAGGAGAAAUUGUUCAGAAGUUGGGAAAAAAGAGUCAACUUGAGUCCAUACGUCUUCAUCGAACAAAAUGUUCUCAACUUUUGAAAAACGUACUAUCUCCAACAAUAUUGAGUUCUCUCGUGGAAGAUAUUGGUGAUAGAAAAUACUCUCUUAUUAUUGAUGAAUCGACUGAUGUAUCGGUCCAGAAAUAUUUGGCUCUAUGUAUCAGGUACUUCAGUGAGAAAGAGGGAGCUAUAACCACCGACUUCUUGGGUAUCGUGAGCGUGACAGAAACCACAUCAAACUGUUUAUAUCAACAUAUUACGUCAUACUUCAACAGCAUCAAUCUUCCUGUGAAAAAUUUGUUCGCUAUUGGAACUGAUGGCGCAAGCAAUAUGGUUGGCGUUAAUCACUCGGUAUUUACCCUGUUAAGGGAUAACAUACCGUUACCUAAUUUGAUCCUCAUUCGCUGCAUAUGUCACUCUUCAAAUCUGUGUGCUUCGAAAGCUGCUGACGUUCUCCCUGCUCAUUUGGAGUAUUUGAUACGAGAGUCACGAAAUUGGUUUUGUCUGAGUGCAAAACGAAUGGAAGAAUACCGGGCAUUAUUCAAUCUUAUCAAUGACAAUAACAAGAAAAUGUUGGCUCUAAUACAACUAUGCGACACACGAUGGCUGGCGUAUAAUGGAGCAGUGAGACGUAUUCUGGAUCAAUGGUUGGAGUUAAAGACUCAUUUUUCUAUGAUUGCUACUAAAAAUCAGGACAAAUGUCUACCUGCUAGACACUUGGCUCGAAUUUAUAACGAUCCAGCCAAUCACUUAUACUUACUUUUCCUGAAAUCCAUCCUCCAGGGAGUCACUGAAGUAAAUCUUCUAUUUCAAAGCACGGAUCGCGAUAUUUAUGAACUUUUCGAUAGUUUAUGGACGCUCAUUCUCUCAGUGGCUACUCGUUUUAUUAAACCUUUAUUCAUUGAAAAAGCUCAAACUACUCAGUGUGUCACUGUAAUUAGUGAAGCACUGAAUAAUACGCUAGCACUGAAGUCAAUCGACGAAGUCGAUCUGGGAGUGGAAUUUCAUCGUGCAGCCGUAAAUGACAAAGUACCACCAGAGGUUGUCACAGAAGUGUCUCGAAGAUGCAGAGAAUACCUUCUGACUUUAUGUGAGCAGCUUGUGAACCGUAUGCCGAACAAUUUGAAAAUCUUGAAAGACGUUUCAAAGUUUGCAUCGGUGAAAGUUUUGUCUCCAGCCACCAAACCAUCAAUUAACGAUAUACCACCGGUAUUCAUCCAGGACAGUGAUCUCACAGCAAUCGAUAAUCAGUUGAGAGACAUCAAUCUGAUUCCUUGGAAUGACCAUUUUUCUAGGGAAAUUUUGAAUGAUACAUCCAAAUUCUGGUCUCAUGCGUAUACAUUUAAAAAUGCCAGUGGUCGACAGGUGGUCAAGGAGUUGGCUGGAACAGUUUUAAAAAUACUUUCGCUGCCAGUCAGCAAUGCAGUGGUCGAGAGAGUUUUCUCAGUGAUGAAUUGCGUCAAAACCAAGUAUAGGAAUAAAAUGCAGAUCGAUAUGUUGACUGCGAUUCUGAGGAUUCGUAUUCAUUGUUACGUGAGAAAACUCCGUUGUACUUCCUUUGAGCCUACUCAACAGAUGUUCCAAUUAUUUACCGCUAAAAUGUACGAGAUUCCCAAAAGCGAUGCCCCUGGAUCUUCGCACAAUGCUGACGAGAUUGACGUAUUGGAAGAGACCCUGACACUCUUCAGUACUGACGAAGCUGAGAGCUGUACGCUCCCAUCUGCCGAGUUGUGAACAGCAGAACUUUUAUUAUUUUAUUGCGUAUAAUACUCUUUUCCAAAGAUUAAUAGCUAUAAUAUUUGUUUGUGAUAAUAUGUUAUAACUUAUAGCACUAAAGUGAUAUUGGUCUCUAUUUUUCAUUUUAAAAAAAGAGAAUAAUAAUCAAUACACCUCGAUUCAUUUUUAUUCCGCUUUUUCCCCUUAUAGGCGCAAUGAUAUUUUUUUUUCCAACCGGAAAAUAGUAGAGACUCAUAUUAAUAUUUUCGAAUAUUCAAAAUGCAGAUGUAUUUCAAGCGAUUUGCGCUUUUCCCUAGGCGGAUUUAUGUUAUGUCCUACCGAAGUAACUAGGAGGA